UUAUCAAGUCGAACACACACAAACUCAUUCUCUGAAAUUCAAUUCAAAGCUCUAUAAACGUAAAGCAGUUCAAAAAUUGGAAAAAUCUCUUAAGAUUUAAGAAUGGCGAGCUCUGUGUGUUUUACUUCUGCUUGUUCCUUCAAUGCUCCCUGCAAACCAGGGUUAGUUGUUGAUAAUAAUUUUUUCCCGAGGAUGGGUUUUCGGGUAAAUGAGGUGUUUAAGAGCCCCAGGAAUGCCAGAAUUCAAUCUUUGGAAGCUAGGGCUGCAGAUAAAAAUCGAAGUGUUAAACCAAGGAGCAUCGUUUGCGAAGAUUGUGAGGGAAACGGUGCCAAACAGUGUCAUCAAUGCAAAGGUACCGGAGUUAAUGCUGUUGAUCAUUUCAACGGACGAUUUAAAGCCGGUGGCUUGUGCUGGCUUUGCAGGGGGAAAAGGGAGAUUUUAUGCGGAAACUGUAAUGGGGCUGGCUUUAUUGGUGGAUUUAUGAGCACGGUUGAUGACUAAAUGUAAAAUAAUGCUCAAAUUAUGGGUUAUUUUUAAGGACAUGUAUGAUUAUCAUAACAUGUUUUGGAGUUUUGUUUUUAUUUCUGUGUAAACAAUGAUACCCCUUGAUUAAGUCAUGUUGUAAUGGGAUUGAUUAUCAUAACAUGUUGUCAUGUCAUUGCCAUGCACAUCCCUAAAUCUAAUUGGCAAUGGUAGUAGCUUUGUCGUAUUUUUAAA